UUUUUUUUUUUUUUGUCACAUGGUCAUAGUUUCUGUGUUCAGCGCAAGUUCUGUUUGUCGCAACUCGGAUUCUUUCACAGUUGUUGACAAUGUAUGUGAAAAUAAUAACCAUUCUAAUCUUUGUGACUGUUGUCUCAGGCUUCGUUUUAAAGCCGUUUGAUGGCAAAUGUGUUACGGAUGCUUAUCCACCAAAAUCUUCCACUACUGUCCCGAACUUGACUAUCAACUUAGAUCUACCUGCUCACGACCGAUGGAAAGAAGUAGCUAUAAAGUAUAAAGAUUCUAUGAAAAGUCUCAUCGGAGAUCUCAAGAAACUGGUGGGAAGCGUACCCGUUGUGGGAGACUUAAUCAUCAAAAUUAUUGAUAAUGAAUUUGAGAAAAUUAUCCCCACACUUCCCGCUCCUUACGCUGAUGAACUGUUGGGUAUGGCCGAUUACUCUGGUAUCAACCGCGGCGAGAUACUCUUAUAUAACAUCUUCUACGAAGUAUUUACGGUGUGCACAUCGAUCAUUGCUGAAGACAAGAAUGGUGAGUUGUUUCAUGCUCGAAAUCUUGACUUCGGUUUAUUUAUGGGAUGGGACCUUAAAAAAAAUGACUGGGCCAUUACAGAGGCCCUUCGGCCCAUGAUUAUGAACUUGGAUUUUCAGAAAAACAACAAAACUGUUUUUAAAUCUGCAAGCUUUGCUGGUUACAUCGGAGUCCUGAGCGGUGUAAAACCAGGUGUCAUUUCACUCACUUUAAACGAAAGAUUCCAACUUAAAGGUGGCUUUAUUGGAAUAAUACAGUGGCUGUUGGGUCAAAGAACAGCUAAAUGGUCAAGUUUUUUAACGAGGGACACCCUUACAUCUGCAACUUCCUAUCAAAUGGCUAAAACUGAGCUGUCCAAGACGGAACUACUAGCACCCGUAUAUUUCAUCUUAGGUGGAACAAAGUCUAAAGAAGGAUGUGUUAUCACAAGAUCCCUAAAUAAGACUGAUAAUAUAUGGGAAAUGUCUGCAGCGGGUGGCUGGUACAUACUGGAGACAAAUUACGAUCACUGGUUGCCUCCACUGUUUAUCGAUGAUCGCCGAACCCCAGCUACGUUGUGUAUGAAUGAACUCACUCAAAAUAACCUUACAAUGGCUGGACUUUACAACGUACUCAGUACAAAACCAGUACUCAACAAACUUACAACAUACACUGCAUUAAUGCAGGCAAAAAGUGGAUCUUUAGAAACACACAUCCAAAAGUGUCCUGAUCCUUGCUGGCCUUGGUAACAAAAUAUUUUAAGUAAUAUUUUUUAUAAAAAUGAAAUUCUAGUUUUACUGCUUUCUUUUUGUGAUGAUACUACUUAAUUUUCCAUAAACUCUAAACUGUCGCAGCUGAGUGUCUUAACGUUUUAAUUUUCUUUUCUAAUUUGUCUUGUUUUGUUUGGAAAUUUUUUUAUUGUAAAAACUUUCAAAUACCAAGUUAUUUUUGUAAUAAAUAUUUUCUAUAUCAUUAAAUCUAGACGUUAUUUUAUUGCAUCCUACUUAACACAAACCACAACUGACCUCACCACCUGACUGAAAGAGUUUGGGCGUGGUGUGUUUGUUUAUUUGUUUUGUUUCUUUUCUGACGAUAGUGGAGUUUCGAAAAUAUCUUGUGAAAUUAUGCAGCUAUGUGAAUAAACCAUUUUUAA